AUGUUGGGAAGAAGAUGGAUAGUAUUAUUAUCUUUAACAGGACUAGUUCUUCUUGCUUAUAUUCUAUGGUUUUAUGGAAAACUAAUAAAAAGCACAGGGGAUAGGUCAAAAAUCUAUUUGUCGUUUGCAAAAGGCAAAAACAAGAAUCUCGAUGGCAAUGAAAUGUCGAAUAUUAAAAGAAAGCUACUUACUUCUGUAUCAAAGAAUUCUAAAAUUCAUCUGAAGGGCAAGGUUCCAAAAGAUCUUGAAUUUGACAUUUCUAAGACUAGAGAUUAUGGAAACAAUGGAUAUAUAAAGAUUAUCAGUGAUACAUACAUUCAGGUACCUGGAUUUAAAGGUUUCACUCAUGUUUUAAAGAAUAAAUCAAAGGUUUCAAAAUAUUUGUUCCAAGAUCUUGAACAGCAAGGUUUACCAACUGAUCAACAGUUUGAUGCAUUUUUGAUAUUCUUCAAGGAAUCUAAUUUGGAUCAACUGCCAUUUAUAGUUUGUCCUAUUACUUCAAUUGAUAAUAUGACAUAUGAAUGUUAUCUUAGAGAUCCCAGUGACCAUUGGUUUAAAAAUGAUUCCUUAUCUGAAAUUGAAAUAACCGAUCCUAAAUUUGGUGAAAAAGCAUCCAAAAUUGUUUAUAAUCAUUAUGGGCUAGAUGGCUCUUCUAAUUCUGAUAUGGAGCCCACCAAUGAGGAUGAGGAAGAUUUAAUUGACAUAGAAGACACUUUAUCCAUUAGUUCAGUUCCUGAAGAUUCUGACACUUCUGAAAAUUUUGAAUUUGACAUUUCUAAAACCGAUGGAAAUGAUGGGUCCACUAGAAUUAUAGAAGGUACAUACAUUCAGGUACCUGGAUUUAAAGGUUUCACUCAUGUUUUAAAGAAUAAAUCAAAGGUUUCAAAAUAUUUGUUCCAAGAUCUUGAACAGCAAGGUUUACCAACUGAUCAACAGUUUGAUGCAUUUUUGAUAUUCUUCAAGGAAUCUAAUUUGGAUCAACUGCCAUUUAUAGUUUGUCCUAUUACUUCAAUUGAUAAUAUGACAUAUGAAUGUUAUCUUAGAGAUCCCAGUGACCAUUGGUUUAAAAAUGAUUCCUUAUCUGAAAUUGAAAUAACAGAUCCUAAAUUUGGUGAAAAAGCAUCCAAAAUUGUUUAUAAUCAUUAUGGGCUAGAUGGCUCUUCUAAUUCUGAUAUGGAGCCCACCAAUGAGGAUGAGGAAGAUUUAAUUGACAUAGAAGACACUUUAUCCAUUAGUUCAGUUCCUGAAGAUUCUGACACUUCUGAAAAUUUUGAAUUUGACAUUUCUAAAACCGAUGGAAAUGAUGGGUCCACUAGAAUUAUAGAAGGUACAUACAUUCAGGUACCUGGAUUUAAAGGUUUCACUCAUGUUUUAAAGAAUAAAUCAAAGGUUUCAAAAUAUUUGUUCCAAGAUCUUGAACAGCAAGGUUUACCAACUGAUCAACAGUUUGAUGCAUUUUUGAUAUUCUUCAAGGAAUCUAAUUUGGAUCAACUGCCAUUUAUAGUUUGUCCUAUUACUUCAAUUGAUAAUAUGACAUAUGAAUGUUAUCUUAGAGAUCCCAGUGACCAUUGGUUUAAAAAUGAUUCCUUAUCUGAAAUUGAAAUAACAGAUCCUAAAUUUGGUGAAAAAGCAUCCAAAAUUGUUCGCCAGCACUAUGAAAUUUAA